AUGACUUCCAUCGCGCCCCAUCUCUGCUUCCGAUCCUUCGUGGAGGCCCUCAAAGCCGACAAUGAUCUCGUGGAGAUCGAUACGCCCGUGGACCCUAAUCUCGAAGCCGCCGCCAUCACGCGUUUGGUCUGCGAGACUGACGACAAGGCCCCUCUGUUCAACAAUGUCAUCGGUUCUCAGAAUGGUCUGUUCCGGAUCCUCGGUGCUCCCGGCUCCCUACGCAAGUCUCCCAAGGACCGCUAUGGCCGCCUGGCCCGCCAUCUGGCAUUGCCCCCGACAGCCUCCAUGAAGGAAAUUCUCGAUAAGAUGCUUUCCGCGAGCGAGAUGCCACCAAUUCCUCCGCAGAUCGUGGCCACUGGCCCGUGCAAGGAGAAUGUUUUGGAAGAGAGUCAAAUCGAUCUAACCAAACUGCCGGCCCCGCUGAUCCACCAAGCGGACGGCGGCAAGUACAUCCAGACAUAUGGAAUGCACGUCGUCCAGACCCCUGAUGGCUCAUGGACCAAUUGGUCCAUUGCUCGAGCCAUGGUUUCCGAUGAGAAGCAUUUGACUGGCCUAGUUAUUGAGCCGCAGCACAUCUGGCAGAUCCACCAGAUGUGGAAGAAGGAAGGCCGAGAUGUCCCAUGGGCGCUGGCAUUUGGUGUACCUCCCGCCGCCAUUAUGGCUUCUAGUAUGCCCAUCCCAGAUGGAGUCACAGAAGCCGGCUAUGUCGGAGCCAUGACGGGCUCGGCCUUGGAGCUCGUCAAGUGUGACACCAACGACCUCUAUGUCCCAGCGACCUCCGAGAUCGUCUUGGAAGGCACCUUGUCUAUCACUGAAAAGGGCCCAGAAGGGCCAUUUGGAGAGAUGCAUGGCUAUGUUUUCCCCGGAGACACUCACCUGUGGCCAAAGUAUAAGGUCAACCGCAUCACCUACCGGAACAAUCCGAUCUUGCCCAUGUCCUCUUGCGGUCGACUGACCGAUGAGACCCACACUAUGAUCGGAGCUCUUGCAGCUGCGGAGAUCCGCAAGAUCUGCCAGCAAAGCGGUCUCCCCGUAACUGACGCCUUCUCCCCGUUCGAGUCCCAAGUGACGUGGGUUGCGCUGCGCAUUGAUACCGCUCGCUUGCGCGAGAUGAAGGUCACUCCCAUCGAGUUCCGGAAGAUGAUCGCCGAUGUGGUGUUUAAACACAAGGCCGGCUACACCAUCCAUCGCUUGGUCUUAUGUGGUGACGACAUCGAUGUCUACAAUGGCAAGGAUGUGAUGUGGGCCUUCUCCACUCGGUGCCGUCCCAAUAUGGAUGAAACCUUUUUCGAGGAUGUGCGUGGAUUUCCCUUGGUCCCGUAUAUGUCACAUGGCACCGGCUCGCCCACGCAAGGUGGUAAGGUUGUUUCGGAUGCAUUGAUGCCCAGUGAAUAUACCACCGGACGCGACUGGGUGGCAGCUGAUUUCGAAAGCUCCUACCCCGAGGAGCUGAAGCAAAAGAUCCGCGCGAGCUGGACUCAGAUGGGGUUCCGGGAAGAGUAA